CCUCCCCACACACGCAUACACACACUUUCAUCUGGUCCAGCCUCUGGUCUUUCCUCUCUGUGGCCCCGUUCUCACACGCCCUCCCGGCCGUGGCUGUCAGCGGGUAUCCGCGCCGAGCUGCGGCUCCUCCCCCCGGUCCUGCUUCCUGCUGAAGCAGCCGCGUCUUGCGCAUCUCACCGGCCUGCGCUGCACGCACGGCCGUGUCAUAUCAUAUCUGUCGGGUGGCUUUUGCAUGAUCCGAUCGGUAAUGGCGUCGGACAGCAGUGAUACGGAGGAGUACUACGAUGCUGCGGAGGACGUCAGUGCUGGUACCUCUCCUAACAUGUCUCCUGCGAAAUUUGUCCUUCCUUCAGCAAAGGAUAGCAGGACUGGCACCCCGCAAGACUCAUGCGAGCCCCCCCACGAUGACUCCAUCCAGUCAGGUACUGGGGUAUCUCUGAGGUCAGGGUCCUGUCUCCAUGGCCAGAUCAUCGACAGCAUCAUCGAGGAGAGUCAGAAAGAGAGCAACGUCCAUGAGCUGCUCCUCGCCGCUGAGGGAGGCGGGGCCAGCACCGCAGCCCCCUAUGAUGAAGGCGGGAGUCUAGGGGAGCCAACCACAGUGGGCCUAGGUGAGGGGGGCGGGGCUGUGAAAGCUCCACCCCCGGACAUUACCAGCACACUUGUUCAGGAGCAGAUAGUGUCUGACCGUGAGCAGACACGGGGGGUGGGAGCCGAGGCAGGACCCCUCCCCGUAGAGCCCGACAUUGUUGCCAGCACUAAAAGACCCCUGAGCGGAUCCCGCCCCCCCAAGCCACCCCCACCCUCCCUGCCGGCGACUCUGCUACUCAAGCCUACCCCGGACUCCGCACGGAACCCGGUGCUCGAAGAGCCGUGCGGCCUGCUCUCCCCCAGCGACGUCGGGGGGCGUGUCACCAGAGAGCUGCAGUGUCACCUGGACCUGGUCAGCGCCACCAGCGGGGACGCGGUGGUGACGGCCCUGGUUUGUGACCCCCCAGAGUCGAACGGCCCCUCACCUGGCUGUGAUGAGGAGUCGACCCCCGUCACCCCUGAAAGCGAGGCCUCAGGACCCCGGCGCCCGCGUACCCACUCCGGCCGCGAACUGACCGACGAGGAGAUCCUGGCCAGCGUGAUGAUUAAGAACCUGGACACCGGGGAGGAGAUCCCACUCAGUCUGGCAGAGGAGAAGCUGCUCUCCGGCAUCAACCCUCUCUCUCUGCAUAUUAUGAGGCGGACUAAAGAAUUCGUGACGAACGAGGCCGUGCAUUCGGACGAUGAGGACAAACCCACAAUGCAUUUGGGAGAUGCGGAUGCAGGGAAGCUGAGGCAGAGGACCACAAAAUUCAAGAAGUUUUUGGGCAAAUCUGUGAAGAGGGCCAAACACCUGGCGGAGGAGUAUGGGGAGAAGGCUGUGAACAAGGUGAAGAGCGUUAGGGAUGAAGUGUUCCACAUGGACCCAGACGAACCCUCCUCCAGCGACGAUGAGGGCAUGCCCUACACCCGACCCGUCAAGUUCAAGGCCGCCCACGGAUUCAAGGGCCCGUUUGACUUCGAUCAGAUCAAGGUGGUGCAAGACCUGAGCGGGGAGCACAUGGGUGCGGUCUGGACCAUGAAGUUCUCUCACUGUGGGAGGGUUCUGGCCACAGCGGGUCAGGACAACGUGGUCCGAAUCUGGGUCCUGAAAAACGCCUUCGACUACUUCAACCACAUGAGGCUGAAGUACAACACGGAAGGGCGAGUGUCCCCCUCCCCAUCGCAGGAGAGUGUGGGCUCCUCCAAAUCGGACACGGACGUGGGGAUUCACAGCACCCUUGAGGAGUCGAGUGGGGAGGACGGACAUGCCCCUUUUAGGCAGGUCCCCUUCUGCAAGUACAAGGGCCACACCGCUGACCUCCUGGACCUGUCCUGGUCAAAGAACUACUUCCUGCUGUCCUCGUCCAUGGAUAAGACUGUCCGCCUCUGGCACAUCUCCAGGAGAGAGUGCCUGGUCUGUUUCCAGCACAUCGACUUUGUGACGGCCAUCGCGUUCCACCCCAGGGACGACAGGUACUUCCUAAGCGGCUCCCUGGAUGGCAAGCUGCGGCUCUGGAAUAUUCCCGACAAGAAGGUGGCCUUGUGGAAUGAGGUGGACGGACAGACACGCCUCAUCACCGCCGCCAAUUUCUGCCAGAAUGGGAAGUAUGCUGUGAUUGGCACAUAUGAUGGCCGCUGCAUCUUCUAUGACACUGAGCACCUCAAAUACCACACGCAGAUCCACGUGCGGUCCACCAGGGGCAGGAACCGCGUAGGCCGUAAAAUAACCGGGAUUGAACCGCUGCCAGGAGAAAAUAAGAUUUUGGUGACCUCCAAUGACUCAAGGAUCCGCCUGUAUGACCUGAGGGACCUUUCUUUAUCGAUGAAGUACAAAGGUUACGUCAACAGCAGCAGUCAGAUCAAGGCCACCUUUAGCCACGAUUAUUCCUUCAUCAUCAGUGGCUCCGAGGACAAAUACGUCUACAUUUGGAGUACCUACCAUGAUUUAAGCAAGUUCGCCUCUGUGCGAAGGGAUCGCAAUGACUUCUGGGAAGGAAUUAAAGCCCACAAUGCAGUGGUAACGUCGGCCAUCUUCGCGCCACACCCCGGCCUGAUCGUCCCGCCCAUGGCCUGUGCGGAGAAGCCAAAUGUAGGGCACGGGAGCGUGGAUCCAGAAGUCAUUCCAUCAGGGGCCCUCAGGACAGGACACACCGAGGUCCUCCUUUCGGCUGACUUCACUGGGGCCAUCAAAGUGUUUGUCAACGUGAAAAAAUGACAAGAAACACACACCCCCGCCCCCCAGACCAGGGGAGUAUUUAUGUGUCCAAGCAGUCAUGUCCAGUCACACGUGCACCUGCGUACCAGUGGCACUGCGCCACCUUGUGGAAGGACAUGGGAUUGCCGCGUCCAGCACACAGGGGCAGGCCCUCAGGCAGGAGUAACGGGAAGACGACAGAACGGCAUGGUGCCUCCACUGGGGUGGAGGAGGGAGCAGCAGAGGAUCAGCCUGCACCCUGUAGUGUAUGUGCACAGCGUCUCACUAGGGACAUGUGACAGGCACUGCUGUAGAAUGAUGGACGCAUCGUGAGCCCCGAUUGGUCCGCAUAUAGUUCGACACGCCUACUUCCAACACGCCCCUCCUGCCUCAUUAUUGCCCUUAACCGAAGCACCAACUUUUUAGAAUAAUCAUAUUUUUUUUUACUAUGAAUCUUAACAGCAGUUGAUGUAUCCGACGUUUUUAAUCACUCUGUCAAACAUGGUUUCAUAUGAAUUUUCUCUUAACCAAGAUACACUUACUAACUGGGUUAAUAAUACUUUAUCGAGCCCUGUGGGGAAAUCCUCUUUAUGCCCCCCCUCCCCCCCCCCCCCCCAACUUGCUCUCUAUAGGUGAGAACAAGCUGAUCGCGAAGAGCAGUUACCCAUAGCAGCACCCAGAGAGCUGAGGGUUAAGGGGCUUGCUCAAGACUUGAACCCACAACCUUCCAGUCACAGGCAGAGAGACUUUUACCACUGAGCCAUAUGCAGCCCCGAAAUUUACAUUUUUUUCAUCUGACACUGCUGUCCAAAGCCACUUGCAGUAGAAUGAAGGGUUACGACUUAUGCUCUCUCACUGGGAUUUGAACCCACAUCUUUUGAGUUGCUAGUGCAGUGCUCUGAUUGUUGUAGGUCCUGUACCUCAUUUCCACACAACUGGUGUAAUUAGAAAUGACUAAUUACAUGUAUGCUAUUAAAUGCUAUUCAGCAGUAAGCCAA